AUGUAUGUGGCGGCGGUAGGUAAAAACAUUGUGAGGAGAGAUAAAGCUGUUAGCUUUGAUGUAGGGGUUUUUCUUAUUUCGGUGAAUGAUUCGCGCGAUGAGGGCACGGGUCGAGGUCACAAGGGUCCGUUACGGGCGUCGGGCCUAUUGCGACAGAUGGCCGCGGUCCCGGCGGGAGGUGAAGACGGCUCUUCGGAGAGAUCGACCUCCGAAAUGCGUCCGAGAUUGCAUUCUUUCGGCGGCGCGGGCGCAUUCCAACGCCGUAACUCCGCGCGCCCGCGCCAGUCGACGCGCGCCCUUUUGGGGGUUAAGAUGUGUCCGUCGCGGCGGGCGCUCACUAUGUGGUCCCAGCCGCUUCCCCCGGAACCCGAAUUCGAACCAACGUUUCGUGCACGCGCCUCGACCGCCGACACGCACACCUGGUGCCGCGGCUGCUUCGGCGACCGGCAGAUCGCCCGAAUGGUCCGCGAGUACGGCGUCCGAGUCGAUCCUACAACAACCCGGCCGCCCGGGCUACAAGUUCGUGACGAGCCCCAGUACCAGAAUCUGGACGAGCUGCGCAAGCGUCCGGAGUACGCUAACCUAGACGAGAUAAGCCGCGAGUACGGGUACCGCCUUUGCCCCGAAGGCCAGAAUCUGGAGGAUGAGGCGAUCUACGAAAAUAUAUUGUCAGUGCGUCAGAUUCGUUCCGCCGAAGUGCGUUUGGUUCCGGUAUCCGAAGUGGCGUACUACGAAGGUCAGGGUUACGUUGCGACCCAGGUUCUGAGCAGGAAUGGCACCUUCCCCCAGUGUCCGCCGCAUACUUGGAGUCGUUUGCAGCAUGCUGAAAGACUUACGGGAUCGUUGAGGCUGUUUACAGCCAAGAGGGAGAUGUACGAUGUCAAGAAGCAGAGGCUGUGCCUCGCUCAAGACGAGUACAAACACUUGAACAACGCCCUAUCUACCCUCGCUGCGUCCAGGACGAGCUUGUGCUCGUCAACGACGUCUAUGACGACUACGUCGACGACGUCACGUCAUGACCCAGAUGUACUUCGUGCGGAGGUGUCACAGGCGAGAGGUAGAGUCGCGCAACUUCGUAAGGAGUUGCGACAGGCGCGGGCAGAAGUAGCCAGCGCUCGCCGUGGUGUCGAUACCCUCGCCGAAGUGGAGCAAAAACUAAGCGCGCAACAGGGUUGCUAUAAUAUCACUGAAGCCCAGGCUAUCAUGACUGAGCUGAAAAAUAUUCAAAAAUCCCUAACCUCCGGCGAAAAAGAAAAAGCCGAUCUAAUGCAGUCAUUAGCCAAGCUCAAAGAUGACCUUACGCGACUGCAGUUGGGAGAAGCCUCCCCAGACCUCUCAACCCUGAGUCUUCCUCAAGAGAAACUAAGCACUGCCUCACAAACCGAUUUAUGCGCCGACUUAGUUCCAAUCGGUACCAGGUUAGCAGAAAUGGCGCGGGUACGCCUACAAUAUGACGAAGCUAGGAAACGAAUACAGCAAAUCCAGCAACAGCUAGCCGAUCUAGAAGAUAAAGUGCAACCAGGACAAGCGGAAUCCGACAAGGACCGUCUCCUGUUAUUUCAGGAAAAGGAGCAGUUGUUAAGGGAACUAAGGAGUAUAACUCCAAGGACGAGAUCGAAGCAAGAGAUGAGCGACAUUCAAACGGAGUGCAAGAAACUCGAGCAGGACUUGAAGAAUGCCUUCGAAAUGUCGAACAAAUGUAUAGCGGAUAGACUGAAACUACAUGAAGAGAAGCAGUUGUUACUUCAGCAGUUGAAAGACGCGUUAACUUCUAUGACGACUCUAGAAGGACAACUGAAGACUCUGUCAGCAAGUACUCUGUCAGUCUCGAGUAGUUCGAGCUUAGGAUCUUUAUCUACAGCGAGUAGUAAAGGGUCCUUGAGUUCGGGGAUAAGUUUCACGGAUAUCUAUGGAGGACCACAGAUAGCGAGUUCAUUACAAACCGACAAGCCUAUCGAUAUGGUUGAUCUGCACAGGAGAGUAGAAAGGCUACUCCGAGGUACAAGCUACAACGCAGACAGCAUAACCCCAGGAACAAGCAGUUCUCCGUCCCAGCCCUCGUUAUCGCCAAGAAGCAGCCUUUCUUCUGCCAGCCCACCACCUCCGCCUCCGUCUUACAACCAGGUCGAAAGACAAAGGCGGCAGCAGAGAGAGCUGGAGGAGAAGUUAGCCGAAAUGAGGAUAGGAGUCGCCACGGGGCUCAAUGAAGUUACAGGACUUGCCACAAUCCCAGUACAACUGCAAGGCCCAGGGCGGCCUUGUGAGCCUUUAUCGCCCAUAUCGGAAACACCACCGCCACCACUCUCUCCUAGAACUCCCUCUUCUAGUGGUACAAAUACUAGAUCAGUGUCAGCUGCAGUGAGUGACGAGUCGGUGGCGGGAGACUCUGGUGUGUUUGAGGCGGCGCAAGGCGGUGACGCUUCUAACGCAGUUAACAGUGCACAAAUUGAAAUCAAAUUGCGCUACUGUCCCGACGAGAGUGCGUUAGAGAUUGGAAUCUUGAGGGCGCGGAAUUUGCACGCGUUGUACAUCGACAUGGGCACCGAGGUUGCGGUGCGAGGUGCGCUAGUGGUGGGCGGCGGCGGCGGCGUGGCGUUCAGCACUGCAGCGCUUGCGUGGCGAGGCGCAGCGCUAGCCUGGCGUCGGGUGCAGCGGGCUGCACUAGGCCCGCGAGCGCUGCGAGCCGCUACCUUGCAGCUGAACCUUGCCGCAGGCGCCGAAUGCUUGGGUUGCGCACAAGUCAGCUUGGCAGACUUUGACCCAGAUACUGUAUCCCAAAAGUGGUAUAACGUGCUCAGUUUCCGAAGUAUGAGGCGGGACGAGAGUUCAGAUGAAUCCACAGUCAUUUCUUCGCAAACGUCAACACUCACAAGAAAUAGAGGUCCUGAGAGUAUGACCGGAGCGGAUUGCAACAUUGAUUGUGGAGACAAUUCUGCAUCAGAGGACGAAGAACCUCGAGAACCACUUAAUCAGAUAGUGGAAGAGGAUUCUUUUGAGGAUUACAUUCCUGAGGAAGACAUAGCUUUGGAAGAAGAGGAAGAAUAUCUACACCCCACCACUGCGGAAAAGGAGACGAAUACCGAGUGUAACUUCUGCCCGGAAGGAGCGAGACAGCUGCGUAGACGAAAAAGCCAACAAGCAAAUGCGAGUAGUGAAGAGCCUCUAGCGACGAUAAAAAGGUCACAGACCUUCUCACCACAACCACAGAGCAUCGGCAAAGGGAAAUAUAUUUGCAGAUUGAACCGUUCUGAGUCUGACUCGUCGAUGGUGCAGUACGCUCGAAGGUUCACAUUACAACCUCCCCCCACUACCGGUAUACCGUUCGACAGAAGUGUUCGUGAGCGUAGAUCUCUUAGGUGGGGUCGCGUGAAGGGCGCCCGCGGGGCCCGCGGCAGCCACGGCGGGGCGCGGCGAUCGACGCGCACGUCUCUAGACCUGGCGCUCGACCUGCAAGCGCAGCACACGCGCCUCGAAGACCUACGGAGUGAGAUUGCUACGCUUGCGCACCUUAAAAAGCGGUUGGAAGAGGCGUGUACUCGCGGUGACACGGCAGUUGCGGCGGGGGUGUCGCGCGACGAGACGCUGCGGCGGCUGGUGAGCGGCGCGCCCGAGCCUCCGCGUCUGCUGCACCGCACCGCGCGCGAGAUAUACCGCCUGCGCCGCGCGCGCAGACCCGACCUCGUUACCUUCAAAGAAAAAAUGGCGUUCUUUACGCGGACAAAAACGAUAAUUCCCGUCCCGCCGGAUGAAGAAGAUGACAUCUCUGAAGACGACUGGGAGGAAGAUCUCGAAGAGCGGCGGACCCCCGAUGGCAGGUCUUCUAAAACAUCGUUUGAGUUGAGGCGGGAUACAACCAACCAAACCUCGCCCGGGACUGUUGCAAACCAAUUGGAACAGGUCGUGGAAUGCAAAAAUCCCUGUUUGAACCCUGAACCGUGCUUCGAGAACCUUCCGAAGAGAACUGAUGAAUUGAAAAUAACAGAAGCGACGGAGAACGACGCGAAGACUGAAGAUGUAAGAUAUGAGUUCGUUGUUGACAGAGUACUGGGUGUUCAGGUUUGA